AUGAAGAGGCAAGACUACCACCACAACAAAGCCCAAGAGCAGGAUAACAUCCCCCAAAGACCGUUCCGUCGCCUUAGUGGGUGUUCCAAUGGUCUCCGUAGCAGCUGCACGCUGUUUUCGGUGAAAGAGGACGAUUGUUGUAACUACAACACUAACAAAAAGUGCCUGAAGGAUGCUCCCCCCAAAAAGCCUUGCUCGGCCAGCACCAUCAUGGACGAUACCAGUACGGUCCCAACCUAUCUGGACGACAACGAGUCCAUGUUCUCGGAAGGAGGAGGUUCGGUCAAAUUCCCGACGCCAUCCCAGAAGGCACACUACGAACAAGUCAAGGCACGAGAGGCGCCUAACGCCAAGGCCUCGACGGUCCCCAUUGACGCCACAACCGAUAACAUAAUACUCCAACAACGCAAGCGCAUGGUGGAGGGCUACUGGGAAACCUUGCGACAACGAGACUUGGACCAGUGGCGCAAUCUCGUCACGGACGAUUACCAAAUGGUCUGUGUGGGGUCGCGGGGCAAAGUCACCCGGGUCUUGACCCACAAGGAGAUUCUACCGGCCGCCAGAGCGGUCUUUGAUGCUCUACCCGACUUUAAGUUCAUGUACCGGGACAUUCAAGAACACAAAGAGCUUCCGGGCUGUCUCGUACUCAAAGAACUCGUCGCGUCUGGGACCCACACGGGCGCCCCCUUUGCCUUGGGGCCACUCCCGCCCAUACCGGCGACGGGGAAGUUCAUUGUCUUGGACGAAUGUGAAAAUCAUUUUCAUUUUGAUCCUCACACCAACAAAAUACGGAAAAUGGAAGAAAUCGCCAUGGGAGAAAUCACGGGGAUCCCCGGUGUCUAUGCCCUCUUGAGUCGACCGUGA